UCCUGACCAUGCGGCUGGUCAUCUGCAUCUUCUCUGUGGUGGAUGUCGGGAUGAGUGGAUGCAUGGGCUCCGCUGCCAUGGCCAUUGGCUUCUGUCACGAUGACCCACCUCGUGAGAAUAUUUUACACUGGAGCUGAAUUGAACCCUGACAGAUCCUUCACCCCUGCUAUGUUCAAGAGGAAUUUCAUGAACCACUGGGCAGUCUGGGCAGGUCCCAUGCUCUGUGGUGCUCUGGACGCAGUCAUGUACGACUUCAUGCUCUUCCCCCGCAUUUGUGGCCUGGCCGAGAGAAUAGCCACCCUGAAAGACAACCGGCCUCUGGAGCAGGACAUCUACGGGGAGGUCAUCAAGGUCAAGACCCACGCCCUAUACCGUAACCCUGCCACCAAGCCAGGAGAUGUAAGGACCAGACUUAUUAUAGUAGCCCCCUGCUUCCAACAACCCAGAUCUUCUCCUCCCAGCAAUCCAGCUCUCCUCCUCCCAGUAACCCAGCUCUCCUCCUCAACCCCCUGCCCCUCCGCCCUGUCACCAACAACCAGCAACCCCAACAAUCAAAGACUAACAUGUUCCUUAUCUAAACCUCCCACCACCAUUAUGCAUAUAGUUUGAUGUCUUUGUAUGUGUACGGUAUGUAUGUGUACUUCGCUCACACUGACAAACUAAUUCUAACAUUGCCACCGAGGGACACGUGUGCACUCAAGGGGCGAAAAAGAGACAAACAAGCAAGCAAACAAACAAGCCAACUAACACAAUCAAGACAGACCUUGCACAUC